GCGCUGGGGUCACCCGCCCGAGCCGGCUCCUGAGCAGAAUCCCCUGGGGCCUUCGAGGUGGACACCGGGUGGGGCCGCCACCGCGAGCGGGACGCCUGCCCCCCUCCUCCUAGGUUUUGUCAGACACCUGGCCCCAGGCCUGGGAGGUGCCGGGGUCAGGGCGAGGCCGGCCCGGGGAGGUGCCUGCUCCCGUGGGGUGUGACCUCUGGCCGCCUCGCGCAGUCCCGAGGCCCGCCGGCCAUGAGCUCGAGGGCCGCCCCGCGGCUGCGGACGCUCCAGCGACACCUUGGCUCCCCGGAGGGCAGAGGCAUGGAGCCGGUCAGCAGCCCACUGACCACACAUGUGCUGGACACGGCGUCAGGGCUCCCGGCCCAGGGCCUCUGCCUACGUCUCUCCAGGCUGGAGGACCACGGCCAGCAGUGGACCGAGCUGAGGAAAAGCUACACCGACCCUGACGGCCGCUGUCCCGGGCUCCUGCCACCAGGCCAGAUGAAGGUGGGCACGUACAAGCUGUCCUUUGACACCGAGGGCUACUGGAGGAAGCGGGGGCAGGAGAGCUUCUACCCAUAUGUGGAGGUUGUUUUCACCAUCACAAACGAGACCCACAAGUUCCACGUACCGCUGCUGCUGAGCCCGUGGUCCUACACCACGUACCGAGGGAGCUAGUGGCUGAGCCACCGUCACUCUGGCUGAAUGCCAGCUGGCCUGUGAGCACCAAUUCUGUUACCACAGCCGCCGAGCCACCCGUGCCCUCAACAGACUGGCCUCUGUGUUCCUCCUGGGUCAUCUGGCCCCCAAUUUCCCAGUGGCGGCUGUGACUUGGGCAUCAAUAAAGUCAGUGCUGGCAUCUGCAA